AUGGCCUUCCAAGCCACUUCAUCACGCAUCCUUGAUGAGCAGUCCAUGCUGGUUCGACAUGAGCAAUGGAUGGCGCAUCAUGGACGUGUUUACAAAGAUGAAAAAGAAAAGCAACAAAGAUUUCAGAUAUUUAAAGACAAUGUCGCGCUUGUGGAAGCACACAAUGGAGGUCCUGACGUUGGAUACACGCUUGAGGUCAAUCAAUUCGCUGACUUAACCAAUGAGGAGUUCCGUGCUUCCCAUCAUGGUUACAAGAAACAACCACUUCCACGUGAGGUCUCCGACACUAGUUUUCGGUAUGCAAAUGUUAGUGUUGUUUCCAGUGAAGUAGACUGGACACAACAAGGGGCGGUAACAUCUGUUAAGGACCAAGGCAGAUGCGGAUGUUGUUGGGCGUUUUCGGCGGUGGCAGCUUUGGAAGGUAUCAACCAGAUCAAAACCGGGAAAUUAAUAUCUUUGUCAGAGCAAGAACUCGUUGACUGCGAUACUACCAAUCAUGGUUGUGGAGGAGGUACUAUGGAGAAGGCCUUCGAGUUCAUCGUAAACAAUAACGGUCUAAGUUCUGAAUCCGCUUAUCCAUACACCGCGCAACAAGGUGUUUGUAAAAGAGCCAUCCCGGCAGCCACAAUCUCUGGGUUUGAGAGAGUUCCGAUGAAUGACGAAAAGGCCCUGCUGCAGGCGGUAACACAGCAACCCGUUUCGAUUGCCAUUGAUGCAAGAGGAUCUUAUUUUCAACUAUAUAAUGGUGGUGUUUUUAGCGGGAGAUGUGGAACUGAUCUCGACCAUGCUAUAACUGCAGUCGGGUAUGGGACCACCAUGGAUGGGACCGAUUAUUGGCUCAUGAAGAACUCAUGGGGUGAGUCAUGGGGAGAAAAUGGUUAUAUACGAAUUCAAAGAGAUGCUGCAGAAGAAGGAUUAUGUGGUAUCGCUAAGGAUGCGUCUUACCCUAUACGAACAUCUGCUUCUUCAGAUGCGGGGUCUGCUCGUUCUUCAGCUUUCGACCUAGCCGCCCGACUCGACCGACUUGGGUGUAAAAAGGAGAUGGUGUUGGAUGAAAAACAAAUGUCUUUGGCUGCCAUUCGUGAGGAAGAAAGGAAGCGCACCAUGUAUACUGCUCUUUCUUUCAUGGACAAAACAUAA